UUUAAUUAAUUUUCUUCAUUCUAGUGAAUUACUGUCAUACUUUUCCUCUUGCGUAAUGUGAGAAUACGUGUGAAUGUUAACAUAUUAGUUGGAGUUAUGAUGAGAAAUCAUUUCCCAUGGAUAACCGUGGAUACCCGAAACCCGAACGGGUAUGGGCAUGGUUUUAAUUUUCUACCCGUUUUAUAUGUGGGUAUGGGUAUGAGUAAAACCCGAACUACUUUGGGUAGGGUAACGGAUAUGCACUAUCCGUCCCCAACCCGACCCAUUGCUAGGUACAAACAUGAUAUAUCACCGGUCGAAUCAUAUUAUUUGCUAAAUCGGUCCAGCGGUAGAAACCAGUUGGACAACCUUGCGGCUGAGCCGUCCUACCGGUGAGCUCUGGUCCGCACUUGGUGAACAGCUCGAUAAGAUAAGCCAGACCCAGUCAGUACAGAAAAAACACUCUCCCUUGCGACAAUGGAGACCGCCCUCUGCUCCUUCCCUUCCUCCAAGCCCCCGCCUUCGACAAUCCAAUUCCGCCCUUCAAACCCAUUCUCACUCUCUUUCCCGACCACCACCGCGUCCACCUCCACCUCCUCCCUCCGCCGCGGCGGCCGCCGCUCCCUCACAAUCAAAUCCGCCAUUUCCCGCAACAAGAAGGAAGAAACCGUCGACACCGUCAAGACCCAGCUAGAAAACUGCUACCUCCUCGCCGCAAUCCGCUACAAGGGUUUCACCGUCAAGCAGUUCCAGGAGCUCCGUCAGUCGUUGCCGGAGAAUUCCAAGCUGAUUGUGGCCAAGAACACUCUCGUAUACAAGGCAAUUGAAGGCACACCCUGGGAGGCACUGAAGCCUUGUAUGACUGGUAUGAAUGCUUGGCUGUUCGUCCACACCGAAGAGAUCCCCAACGUGCUCAAGCCCUACAGGAGCUUCCAGAAGGAGAAGAAGCUGGAGGACAACGAUUUCAGCGGAGGGGUUUUUGAAGGGAAGUUUUACGGGCCCGAUGAGUUCAAGCAGCUGGAGACGAUGCCGUCGAGGGCGGAGAUUUAUGCCAAGCUGCUGGGUUCGUUGCAGAGCCCGGCGAUUGGGUUGGUGACUACUUUGCAGGCGCCUGCGAGGGAUGUGGUUAUGGUUCUCAAGGCUUAUGUGCAGAAGUUGGAGGAAGAACAAGCCGGCGGCGGUGGCCAAUAGUUUGAUCGAUUCCUACCCUUUUUUUGGUGUAAGUGUAAGUUCUUCUUUGGGUCUGAGAACUCAUAGUUUGUAGCCUGCCUGUUUGGUUGAAUUGUUGUAGCAAAAUUUGGAGUAUCCCAAUGGCGAAAAUGCUUGUGAAUUUUGUAAUUGACAUUUGAAUAGUGAUACCAAUUCAAUUACAAAUGUGGUUAUGACUUGUAGUUGUGACUUCUCGAGUGCUCUGUGACUGAUUGAUUUUGCAGUGGAGCUCUAUGCAACUAGUUGGAUAGCAUUUGCUUGAAGAUGUGAAGUUGUGUUAUGUGUUAAUUUCCUUUGUGCACUGUUUUGGUAGUGAAGUAGUGGAAUUUCUGCAAUUUGAUGGCUUGUAGCUGGGGGGUUGAUUGUGUUCUUAGGUUAUGGUGGAAUCUAUUGAAUGAGAGUUACCAAAUUGUGUACAUGGCUUUCGCCUAAUCGAUUCUGUGCACCGGCAUAGGGCUAAGUCGGCUCCUGGUUAUGCUUGGCAUAUCAGACAUGAGACUUGUGCCUUGUUUGCAAAUGACUGAUAUUCAUGUUCUGCAUCUAUGAAGCACAUGCCAGGCUAAUGAUUGUCGCGACUUUCUGGAAUACAGUUACUCUAAUCACAGUUUGUUGUCACAUUUCAGAUUUUCAGUCCCUCCUGUGAGUUCAAUUUGCUGUUUUUGGAAGUUAAGAUAAACGCUUUCAUUACUUCUGACAGUAUCUCCAAGGGUUCAUGGUUGUUUUGUGUGAGGUUUGAUCUCUUUGUCGGUUGGAAUUCAGAAGAAGAUCAUCUAAGCGAGUGAAUUGCAGUGCUUUUAUGCCGUUUUGUGCUUACGAAAUUGCAACAUUCUUCCCUACUCUGCGUUCGGAGAACUGGGGUUAUUCUUUUGGUGUUCUGUCUGUUCUCAUCUCCUCUUUGAUUUUGCAAAUGAAUUGGUCUGUUUCUGGAGUUGAUAUAGUAGUAACGUUUCAUAAGCAUUGGGACACACCAGUUUCAUAAGCAUUGGGACACACCAGACUCUCUCAAGUUCUUGCUCUUCUAUCGAAACGGGUUGGGUUAAUCCAUCGACGAGAAUCGUUGACGCGGGAAAGAACAGUCUCCAUGUGUGUUUGAUGAGUUAGUUUACUCACAGGCCAGCAGAAACAAGCUGCUAAUUAUGUGCUUUCUGCUUACUGAUGAAGCAGUUCAGCAGUCCCUGUGGUGUCAUGAUUCUAAGAGGCCACCAAAGCCAAUUGAAGAUUGUUUUGUAUUAUCAGUUAAUUAGCUGGACAAUUCAACUUUCUUCUUUGUGAUUCGAUUCGAAUUCUGGUCAUUAAAUUUAGAUCAUAAUCCUGAUUGAAAAACUGGGAAGAACAGUCAAUCUGGUCAUUAAAAAUUCCGUCUUUUG